AUGUCGCCAUCCCCCCUCGAAGCAACCUUCAUCAAAACGCUCCACCACAAGCCGUACGCAGCCAUCUCGCCGCUGCGCCCCGAACUAAGCCAAGCUGGGCGGACCGUACUAGUAUCAGGCGGCUCGGCGGGGAUCGGCUUCGCUACGGCGCGAGCCUUCGUGCAGGCCAAAGCGGCACGCGUCAUCGUCACAGGGCGCCGCCCCGCGCUGGUGGCCGAAGCCGCCGCCAAGCUCGCGGCCGAGGCAUCCCCUGCCACUACCGUGAGUGGGAUCGCGACCGACUCGUCGAGCCUGGUCGACACGGAGGCGCUGUGGGCGCAGUUCGCCGCCGACGGCGUCGUCGUCGACGUGCUCGUGCUCAGCGCGGCCGCCGUCGGCGAGACCACGCCGCUGCUGCGGGCGCCGCUGGCGGGCGUGUGGGCCGCCUACGAGGCCAACGUGCGCGCGCUGCUCGACUACGCGCAGCGCUUUGCCGCGCAGGCGGAGCAGGGGCACGGGAAGAAGUACCUCGUCAACAUCUCGACGUCGGCCAUCCACAACUUUGACACGCAGGGCGAGGGGCUGCCGGCGUACGGCAUCACCAAGAGCGCCGGCACGGUGCUGCUACAGCGCGCCGCGCAGGACGUGGCCGCCGCCGAGCUACAAAUCGUCAGCUUCCACCCGGGCGGCGUGCUGACGCAGGCGGCGCGCGACGCCGGGUAUGACGAGUCUUCGUUCGCGUGGGACGACGAGAACCUCCCGGGCCAAUGGGCUGUCUGGGCCGCGACCGACGAGGCGAGUUUUCUGCACGGCCGGUACGUGGCCGCGUGGUGGGACGUCGACGAGCUCAAGACUGGAGAGGUUGCCAAGCGCAUUGCUGCGGGCGAGCCGACGUUCCUCAGGGUUGGCGUUGUCGGUUUGGCUCCCCAGUGAGUUCAAUAUGAGGGACGAUGGGAGAAAAGGAAAACUAGAAAAGGGAUGAUUGCGAAAGGGACGGUACGAUGGGUGAAGCUAGAAUGUGGCGAGCGGUGAGACGUUAAUGAGUAAGG